GACUGAUUCAGAUCGAUGAGACCGAAGUAAAGAACCACCAUCGCACUUUGUGGCUUAAAACUGUUAUUUUUCGUUCAGUCUUUAAGCCCCAUUACGCACACUGAUCCCCUCUCUCUCUGACACCGAAAAGAUGCCCAAGUGUUCACCCUGUGCGUCCCCCUGGUCCUCCCUGUGGCUGACAUCUUUUGUUAUUUUGGUGGUGCAGUCGGUAAUCUCUUCCUCGUACUCUUCCUCCUCCACGUAUCAGAGAAACGCAGCUGGCGGGAAGCGACCAGGAUUCUUGGGGAGGACGCUGGUUCUCCUGGAUGUCAACACCCGCAGUCCGAUCAGAGUCCUCAACGACAACUUCUUAUCGCUGCAGCUGGAUCCCGCGAUCAUCAGAGACGGCUGGCUGGACUUUCUGAGCUCCAGGCGGCUCGUGACCCUGGCGCGCGGCCUGUCUCCUGCCUUUCUGCGCUUCGGUGGAAAACGAACCGACUUCCUGCAGUUCAACAACCAGAAGAAUCUUGCCAAGUUCAGGGGCCCUGGUCCAGACUACUACUUGAAGAAUUACGAGGACGAUAUAGUUCGAAGUGACAUUGCACUGGACAAACAGAAAGGCUGCAAACUCGCCCACCAUCCUGACAUCAUGCUGGAGCUGCAGAGAGAGAAGGCUGCCAGCACUCAGCUCGUCCUACUGAAAGAGCAGCUGUCCAACAUCUACAGCAACAUUACAAUAACAGCCAGGUCUUUAGACAAACUGUACAACUUUGCCGACUGCGCUGGUCUGCACCUGAUCCUGGGGCUCAACGCACUGCACAGAAACCCAGACAACUCCUGGAACACAUCCUCCACACUGAGCCUGCUGAAGUACGGUGCUGGAAAGAAGUACAACAUCUCCUGGGAGCUGGGCAACGAACCUAAUGCCUACCGAAGCAUGGUGGGUCGUGCGGUCAACAGCACCCAGUUGGCUCAUGACCAUGCCAAGUUGCGGACCCUCCUGCAGUCUGUACGCUACUACAACCGAGCUCACCUUUACGGCCCGAACGCUGGACGACCGCGGAAAAAUGCAGUCCUCCUGCUGGAUGGGUUCAUGAAGAAUGCCGGCUCAAUUAUAGAUGCUGUUACGUGGCAACAUUAUUUCAUGGAUGGCAGAGUAAAAAAAGCAGAGGACUUCCUAAAGACUCGUCUUUUGGACACACUGACAGAACAGAUUGCUAAAGUCACCAAGGUUGUUAACACACACACUCCGGGGAAGAAGGUGUGGCUGGGUGGACUUGGACCAGCGUGGGCCGGCGGCAUCAACAAUCUCUCUGAGACGUACGCCGCAAGCUUUCUGUGGAUGAACUCGCUGGGUGUGGCCGCUGUGCAGGGCAUUGAUGUGGUUUUGCGGCACUCGUUCUUUGACUAUGGAUACACAUAUCUUGUGGAUCAGAACUUUAACCCUUUACCUGACUACUGGUUUUCUCUGGUCUUCAAGCGUCUGGUUGGUCCGAGGGUUUUAGCUGUCCGGGUAGCUGGACUCCAGAGGAAGCCCCAGCCAGGGCGAGUCAUUCGGGACAAGCUACGUAUCUAUGCCCACUGUACGAGCUACUACAAUCCUAACUACAUGAGAGGCUCCAUUACGAUCUACAUCAUCAAUCUCCAUCGGUCGAGGAAGAAAAUCAAGCUAGCAGGGACGUUACGGAACAGGACCGUCCAUCAGUACCUACUCCAACCCCACGGCGAGGGUGGACUCAGAGCCAGACAUGUACAGCUGAAUGGGGAGAAGCUCCUCAUGGGCAACGAUGAGACGUUCCCAGAGCUGAAACCUAAAAUUCUUCGGGCUGGACGGACAAUAGCUAUGCCUCCAAUGAGCAUAGGGUUUUAUGUCAUCAAAAACAUUAACGCAUAUGCCUGCCGGAGAUAACAGCGACUCUUCCUUCCGGAGCGCAGGACACUAUAUGUGAGUUUUCUGGACGCAAAGCCUAAAAUCCAAAUCACCAGAGGAGAUUGCGUCGUCCUGCUCAAGGGACAGCUGAACAGAGCAGACGUUUGGAAACACCCUCGUUGAAAAACAACCGACUAAGAAUGAGAUGGUAACACUUUAU